AUGAAAUCAAACCAGCUGCCGACGUUAGAAAUCAGCAGCAGGGAACGUCGGUAGUAGACAGCCCUGUGGCCAUGGCAAUGAGAGAACUAUUCGCCCUCCUUUUCUCUGCUUUCUUUCUCUGUCUCAUCUCUCCCUCCUCUGCGGCGACGAACGUCCUGUAUACUAACCAAGCUCUCCUCACCAACCAAUACCUGCAAUACGGCAACUACAUCUUUGGUAUGAGGGCCGACUGCAACCUCGUGCUGCUCGACAACGGCAACGUUGUGUGGUCCACCGGACUCAGUAACCAGGGCACCAAUUGCGGUGCACGCCUCCAAGGAGAUGGCAACUUUGUCAUAUUCAACAGUAAUGGCCAACCCGUAUGGGCGAGCAAUACCACCGGUCCUAGUGGCAAAUACGUCGUCAUUCUCCAGCCCGACCGCAACGUCGUCCUCUAUGGCCCAUCGCGCGCGGAGACCGGAACCGCAAUCUAA